AAGACAUGAAAGCGCGCUUUUUGAUGCAGUUGCACCCUCCAGAAAAGGUAUGGCGCUAAACGCCACGUAGGUCCGAAGGCCCCAGAACGCAUUCAGCAGCACACCACUGACAUCGUCCUCCCUCGCCGUCGUCGUCGUCUCCCGCCUCCUCCCCCUCCACCUCCUCCUGCUUCUGCUUUAUCAGGAACUCCAACAAUCAAAUCUAUGGCUGACAACAAAAGUGGCCGCGGAAUGAAAUAUACAAGAGUCGACUUAUAUCAGACGCCACCCCUUAGCUCGACGACGACGACGACGAGCGGGACUGGAAUUCCCAUCCCGCUCUCUUGUCAUCGACGAGCUAAUGGCAGCUCCGCUGUGCUCUGAGUCACAUCCUCGUCAUGCCGCCCCGAUGGCCGCCUCUAAAACGCAAUCCCGCGUCGAGCACUAGAGCAUGAGCAUACGGUCGCUGCAGCUGAGCUCGGAGUCGACUCCCGGAAAUCCCGCACGCGAUCUCGAACUCUCUGUAAUCGCCGUCCAAUGUCGAUAAAUGCAGUCUCUUGGGAAUGUCUGUACCCGCUCUCAUGCCCGAUCAGGAUAUUGGACCCAGCGUUAGUGGCAAGUACCUAAAGGAACUCCUCGGACUCUGUCGUCCAUCCCAUCCUCCUCCUCCUCGCUUGCUGUACGUGCUGCUGAGCAUUAUUAUAUUAGAACCUAAUCUGAAGCUGCACGAGCUUAGCACUGUAAGAGCGCAGUAUGCCUCAGAAGUCCAGAUCAUCGACAAUCGAGCUCAGGGGGAUACAAAGCAGGAGCGAUCUCCGAGGGCUGCAUGUCGAGCAGCAGCAGCAGGACGACAAGGACGGGCAGGCUGCCCACUUCCCCGAGGAGCUCGUCGAGCGCAUACUUGCGAGAGUCUCGUACCCGAGUCUGUACAAAGCGCGGUUGCUGUGUAGGAGCUGGUGCGCGAAGUUUUGUAAGUCGCCUUCGGAACUAUUGCAUUUCUCGGCCCCGUUCCAGGAGGAAGUCGCAGCGGCUGCUGUAAGAUGGCCCAAGUACGGCCCUGUGUCUGUUCUGGGGAGGGAGCUAGUGGGGUAUGAUGGAUCGUCGAACUGCUGGCGCAAACUAGCUCUGCAUGGUCGGUUGCCCGUGGAUCUCUGCUCUCCGGCAUUCGACAGCUGGAGGCUUGCGUUUGCCGGGUCUCUGAUGUGCGCUUUCGGCAGAUCACAGGAUGGAUCGCUGAAGCUGCUCGUGGCGAACGUUUUGACAGGGGACUGGAAGGAGCUGCCUUGCCCUCCCGAGAUCAGAGGGCAUCCGAUUCUAGAUUUCCGCUUCGUCAAAGUUGAUUCCCAGCAUUACAAGGUUUUGGUUCACAAUCUUCCCAGCUCACAGUUCCAAGCUCAUGUCUACGACUCCAACCGAAGUUGUGGAACCUGGACUAGCUUCAGCAAUUCAGCUGCUCCUGCUGCAGGAAUUCCCGGCCUGUCUCCUUUCAGUGCUUACGCCGAUGCCUACAUCGGUGGGAACUUCUACUGCAUGUCUGAAAGUUCGAUGGGUGGUUUGGUCAUAUGGAAAUUCACUUCAGCGACAGGGGUUUGGGAAGAGGUUAUACAUUCGGUAGAAUUCGAAGGUGGCGAGUUCCCUGGGGGCAUGUUCGAGUUUGGAUCCAAUUUCCUGGUUGUUACGUUGCUCCAGUCAAAUUCCAUUCCACCGGCUGGAGACAAGCAGAUCAGUCUCUCAGCCAGAGUUUACGAGCUGAAUCUGCAGUCGUUGAAGCUGACCAGAAUUUCAAAGAGUCCUCAAGAACUGGUCAUUGGAAUGCAGACAGCGAGCUUAGUUGCCGACGCCGAAUCUGUUUAUUUCUGUGACAUUCCGGAUCACGGUUUAGCCUCAUUCUGCAGGUUCAGUGUAAAGGACCGGACCUGGAGUACUCUUCCCUCAUCACCGCCAGAAUAUAAGUGGAAAUGGGGCAGAUUCUCGACGUUUGAACCAGGUCUCAGUCCCUUCGCUUCUCCCUGAACUGCGGCAUGUGUACGUAUCACAAUGUACUCAAUGCCGCACCUCCUAGCUGACCGAUAUUUCAAACUAUAUCGCUAUUGAUUAUUGAUUAUUGACUAUUGAUCGUGAGGGUAUUUUCAACCUUGUACUUAUUACAGUUAGAUUAGAUGUCUUGUUUAGCUUUAGCUCGCUUUCCCUAUCAAGCUGCAUCAUAAAGCUCCCAGCACCAUGUACAGGUUUCAGAUUGCUGGGAAGUUAUUAUGGUCGUGUGUAUUUCUACUGCUUCUAAGAUGCUUCAGGCUGGACAACUAUUCGCGUUUUAUAUCUGUGAAAUUUGAUUGAGAGACUCAAAGUUCUAGGUAAGAAAAACCAUGGUACACAUGUAUGUGUUUUAGAUCUAGAUGUUCAUCAGUUCACUAUAAUAAGGUCUUCAAUUUCCCACAAUUGGCGGUGGUACGUAGAUUUAACCGCGUCAAAUAAGAGGGAAGUUGCAAAGCAGUUUAUGUGACCUGAACAAUGCGGUUAGAGCAAAUUGCAGAGUAGAUUGGCAUAUCAGUUGUCUUGCAUCUGAACAAACCAUCAAGCAAGCCGUUGUCAAGCCGAUAUGACAUGAGUCCAUGCAGAGACUGAG